GACGGUCUGGCUGCCUCCCAUUUCCCCGCCCUUCUUCCACUCCUGAGCUGGAAAAGCCCAACCAAACAUCUAACAGGGAGGGAAGAGGAGAAGCACUACGGACUUCCCAAGAUGCUUGCGUUAAUAAACCGGCUUCUAGACUGGUUCAAGUCCCUCUUUUGGAAGGAGGAGAUGGAGCUGACCCUGGUGGGCCUCCAGUAUUCGGGAAAAACGACGUUCGUCAACGUAAUCGCCUCAGGCCAUUUCAGCGAAGACAUGAUUCCCACAGUUGGCUUCAAUAUGAGGAAGGUCACCAAAGGAAAUGUCACCAUCAAGAUUUGGGACAUCGGAGGGCAGCCGCGAUUUCGGAGCAUGUGGGAGCGCUACUGUCGGGGCGUCAACGCUAUUGUAUACAUGGUGGAUGCAGCAGAUCGAGAUAAAGUGGAGGCGUCAAGGAACGAGCUUCAUAAUCUAUUAGACAAACCUCAGUUGCAAGGAAUCCCCGUUUUGGUGCUGGGGAACAAAAGAGACUUACCCACAGCUUUGGAUGAAAAACAGCUUAUUGAGAAAAUGAAUCUGGCAGCCAUUCAAGAUAGGGAAAUAUGCUGCUACUCUGUGUCUUGCAAAGAAAAAGACAACAUUGACAUCACACUUCAGUGGCUCAUUCAGCACUCAAAGUCCCGGAGGAGCUGAAAACAAUGAGAGGGGAGAUGUCGAUGCCAGCUGUUUGCCAUGUAACCGUCAUGCCACGUCGGCUUUGUCCUUAACUCACCAGAUGCACUCUUCUGCUUUUUUCCUCUUUUUCCAUUUGUACCACCACCAUCACCCACAAACUUUGGGAAUGCACUACCCCAAAACGUAAUCCUGGUACCAAAUGAAUGACAUGUAAUUGGCAUUAUUUGUCCUGUAAAUUUGUACGAUGUGACUUAUGACAAUGUAUUGGUUUAAAUGGUAAAGCAGCCUUUUUUUUUUUUUUGCUAAUCCCUCCUUGUAUAUUAUUUGUGAUAAUUAUGCAGUCAGGCAGGUCUGUACAAAUAGUAUCCAGCUUGUAUGAUUUUUAACAGCAAUUGCGCGUAUGAAUAUGUGAUUCUAUUUAAAGUCUGAAUGAUCAAAAACAACGUCUGCUGCAGGGUUGUUUUGUAUACUGUAGUCUGCGUUGUAAGUAAGCCGCCGAGCAAUCAUUUUUGCGCCAUGAGUGUGGUGAAAUUUAAAGUGCCUUGCGCAACAUGGCAUGCGAAGUGUGCCAAGGGGGAUUAAAGACACAGAUCACUUCAGUGUAUUAAUUAAAGGCCUGCUUUUUAAUAUAUGAACUAAA